UUUGUAAAUUGAAUAUGUAUUAAAUAUCAUUUGAUGUAAUAUUAUAUAAAACCUUUCUUCCUAUGAUUACGAAAUCAUUGAUUACGUUUGAUAGUUUACUCAGUAUGGAAAUUUGAAAAAAUAUAUCAUUAUUAAUAUUUAAACUUGGCAUAUUACAUUCCAUUAUAAAUCUGAAGAAACGUUGUAUAUCAAGUACAAAAUCGCAAAGAUGAUUAAAAAUGGCACAUUGAAACUGAGUUAUAUAGGUAGUAAUUCAAUGACCUCUCUUAGAUAUUUAUCAACACAAAGUACAAACUCAGUCCCAAACAGGAAUGCACACAAGAAUGUGCAAGACAACAAUGAAGAUGACGUAUUGUUUAAAGAUAUUGGAAGUAAAGGUGUCAUAACAUUAAAUCGUCCAAAAGCCUUGAAUGCCUUAAAUCUGUCAAUGGUUGACAAAAUAUAUCCAGUACUUAAAGAGUGGGAAUCAUCUAAGAAAUUAGUAAUAAUAGAAGGUGCAGGUGAAAAGGCAUUUUGUGCUGGUGGUGACAUAAAAUCUGUUGUUAUUGAGAUAAAAGCAAACAAUAUUGAUAGAGCCAGAACAUUCUUCAAAACAGAAUAUACAUUGGAUCAUUUGAUUGGUACAUACAAAGUACCAUAUGUAGCUCUAAUAAAUGGGAUAACUAUGGGGGGUGGUUGUGGAUUAUCUGUUAAUGGUAAAUAUCGAGUUGCAACAGAAAAAACUUUAUUUGCAAUGCCAGAAACAGCAAUAGGAUUUUUUUGCGAUGUUGGUGGAACUUAUUUUUUACCUAGAUUAAAAGGCAAAUUAGGAGUUUAUCUUGGAUUAACUGGAAGUAGAUUAAAAGGCGUUGAUGUACUACAUGCCGGUAUCGCAACUCACUUUGUUCCUUCUGAAAAGUUAUCAGAUUUAAAGCAAGAAUUGCUAACAACGGAAGUAUCUAAUAUUACAGAAGUUCUAAAUAAAUAUCAACCUCAGAAUUUAAAUCAAGAAUUUUGUUUAGCACCAUAUAUGAAUCAAAUUGACAAAUGCUUCUCUGCAUCUUCUGUAGAAGAAAUAGUAAAUAGGUUAAAAGAAGAUAACUCAGAAUGGGCUGAAGAAAUCAUACAAACAUUAAUGAAAAUGUCACCUGCUUCCCUGAAAAUUACUAUGCGUGCUAUGCAGAAAGGAAGUAAUCUUAGUUUAGCAGAUUGUUUAAAAAUGGAAUACAGAUUAGCGUAUAAUUAUCCUUUAAACAAAGAUAGCGAUUUUUGUGAAGGUGUCAGAGCCCUUUUAAUUGAUAAAGAUCAAAAGCCAGCAUGGAAUCCAAAAAGUUUAGAUCAAGUGACAGAUACAUAUGUAAAUCAACAAUUUGCACUUUUGACAGAUGGACAAGAAAUGUCACUUUGAAAUUAUGUAAAAGUGUUUUAAUGUUUUGUAUUUUUUUUUUAUUGUCAAAUUAUAUAUAUAUAUAUUUUUAUAUAAUUCUUUAUUGUAAUCUUGUUAAUAAUAUUUGACUACAUUUAGUA